UGCGCACCACCCUCUUCUCUUCUCUUUUAUUUUCUUCUCUUCUCCACCAUUUGAGUGGUUAAUUAGGAAGAAGAGGCUAAGGAAGGCAAGUAAAGUUCCAAGUAUCUCUUUUCUCUUCAUUGCUCGUCGUUGGUGUUAAGAGGGACAUGGAGGAUGUGCAUACGGAUACGAGUGCGGAACACACUACCGAGGAUGAGUGUUUCGAUCACAAAAAGGAACAACGGCAAAUGGUUAUGGCUCGCCGUGAAGAAAAAGGUAUACAAACGUCAAUUGCAAGUAAGAACUUGCAGACGAAAAAGAGGAAAGGAAGGGGACCUACAAAGUCACUAGGGAAACCCACCCUAAUGACUUUGGAGUACGAUCAAUUGGGGCAACCUUGUGGAAAAUGGCGUCAAAAGUAUGCCAUGCAAAUUGGGAUUUGCAUGCAUAAGCUCUCCAUUCUCCACUCAUGGAAAGAGGUCCCCGAGUCUUUGAAGAAGAUGAUUUGGGAAGAUACUAUGAAUCAAUUCCAUAUUCCAAAUGAUGAAGCGAAGAAGAAUUUGUUUCUAUCCGCAGUUGCCCAAAGGUUCCGAGACUUCAAGGCCAAGCUAGUGUCGGGGUGGAUCACGAAGCGGAGAAAAGUCGGGGGAACAAAGAAGAAGAAAAUCUACGACGGGGAAGCAACACCUUCUUCUGAGGCUUCACAUGACACAUCAUUCGAGGAUCCCUCCAAGCUUCCAUAUCAGAUAUGGAGGCAUAUCACAGCUGAGCAGUGGCAUGCAUUUGUUGCACAAAAAACAACUACCCCAGAACCUGUUCCUACGCAGCCUCGUCCACAACCGGAGUUACGGUAA